AUUACCCGCGUUGAGAUGUGUACGCUCAAUGUUUACCUUGGUUUCCAGCAGAAGCUGCCAGUACCUCAGCCUUCUACUUCACUGAGCUCGGGAGAUCAUAGUGAUGAUGAGGACGCCAACGAAAAGUUCGAGCGAGAGCUGAAGUGGUGCAUUGAGCAACUCAACAUUUCACUCUCCCACGCCGACGCUAAGAAGAAAAACUACAAUGAAGAACUUCGAGCUCUCCAAACGCUCCAAAGCGUCAAAGCGCCCGUCGCGAAGAAAAGGCAGGUGAUGAGCGUUACGCUUGGGAACUACAGGGCGAAGAUGGAACAAGAGAAGGCGAAGUUCAUCACAGACUCUACCAGGAAGACUAGGUUGCAGCCUCAACCUUCUGCCGAGACAAAGUCUGUCUUCCUGAGGAAAGUGACGACAGGAGAUAAGGACAGCCAACCCAAUGGGCCAGAGACCGCUAAUGAGUUCAAAUUCAACUUCGUCAUUGACAGCGAGGACACUUGAGGUGCCUGCCUUAUCUUAAUUAUAAUAAAGUGCCUCUUGCCUGUA